ACUACGUCUAUGGUAACCGGGUUGAGUUAUCAGCCGGGUUAUUGUUUUUCAUUGAUUCAUAAAAAUUGAAAACGAUAUUGCUUACAAGUUACUUUACAGUUCUACAAAGAAAAUAGUCGUUUCUUUGUAAAACAAUUUAAGUUUAAAUAUGUCACAAAAUUCUGAAAAACCAUCUACUCAAGAUGUUGUGGAUCCGACUGGCCCAGCAGCCCGCAAAGGUGUUCUUAUAUCGUUUAGAACUGGCAAAACCAUGGAAAUUCCGGAAAAAGAUAUAUUGGGAAGAUGCAGAUUUGUUGGAGAGUUUGAAAAGUUAAACCGGAUAGGAGAAGGCACUUAUGGUAUUGUCUAUAGGGCUAAAGAUAAACUGAAUGGCAAUAUUGUGGCCUUAAAGAAGGUGAGGAUGGAUGUAGAAAAAGAUGGAUUGCCUUUGAGCGGCUUGAGAGAAAUACAGGUAUUAAUGGCUUGCAGGCAUGAGAACAUUGUGCAAUUAAAGGAGGUUCUAGUAGGCCGCUCUUUGGAAAGCAUAUUUCUCUCAAUGGAAUAUUGUGAGCAGGAUUUGGCAUCUUUAUUAGACAAUAUGACAUCUCCAUUCACUGAAUCUCAAGUCAAAUGCCUGAUGCUGCAAGUGCUCAAAGGACUGAAGUAUUUGCACUCCAAUUUCAUUGUGCACAGAGAUUUGAAAGUGUCAAAUUUACUACUGACAGACAAGGGGUGUGUUAAAAUAGCCGAUUUUGGUUUGGCACGUUGGUUGGGUGCUCCAGCGCGUAGUGCUACGCCUAGGGUUGUGACAUUGUGGUACAGAGCACCUGAACUCCUACUGCAGUCACCUAAGCAGACACCAGCUCUCGACAUGUGGGCUGCGGGAUGCAUCCUCGGAGAACUCUUGGCAAACAAACCACUUCUACCAGGAAGGACGGAGAUAGAACAGUUAGAGUUAAUAGUGGACUUACUGGGAACUCCAUCGGAUGCUAUCUGGCCAGAGUUCAGUACACUACCAGCGCUACAGAACUUCACUCUAAAGCAGCAGCCAUACAACAACCUAAAGCAGCGGUUCCCCUGGCUGUCGGCCGCGGGCCUGCGCCUACUCAACUUCCUCUUCAUGUACGACCCCAACAAGAGGGCCACAGCUGAGGAGUGUCUGCAGAGUUCUUACUUUAAGGAACAGCCGUUGCCGUGUGAUCCGAAGUUGAUGCCGAGCUUCCCACAGCACAGGAAUAUGAAGGGCCAGCAGAAGCCCCCCAGCAACCAGCUCAACAUCCCCCUUUCUAACCUCAACACUGGUGCCAACGACCAGACUAACAACCUGCCUGCUAUCUCAGACUUACUUGGAUCGCUUGUUAAGAAACGCAGGAUCGAAUAAGAGUGUACAGCGUAACUAAGUAUUCAUACAAGAUUUAGGGCUUGUCCCACCAAAUUGUAAAAACAUAUAAAAUAUGUGAUGGAAAUAUCGGAUUUUGUUACCUUAUCUGACAGUGAAUCACUUUUAUGCUAUCUGAAGUGCUAUCAGCCAGUGGUGGGACAGGCCCUAAUUUUUUUUGUAUCAUUUUAUGUGUUGUAAUUGGAUGGGAUUUGAAUUUUCUUUCCAAAUAAUUAUAAGAAUAAAAUUAAAACAGUUUUUUUCAUUA